CGGCCCCCGAACACACACUCGGAGAGGCGCGGACCCCCGGGAUGGAGGAGUGAGAGCGCUCGCGGUCAGACCCGGAGUUCAUGGACCUGAUGCGCGAGAACGACUGUGAACAUCGCAGCUUCGCGGGGAAGGUAGCUGUAUCCAUUUGGGAGGUUGGUGGAUCCAAGGGGUGCCAUGAAGUAUUCAGGACCCUUGGAGAGCCAGAGGCUGUCACUUCUUUUGGAGAAGACAGUCUCUAGGGAAGCACAGAUGUGGAAGGUGUAUGUGCCAAAAAAUCUAACCGAUCAGGAUAUAGAUGUUUCUCCAGCACACAGGGAUGAGGUGAUUCGAUGGCUGGUUGAACUCAACAACAAGUUUUACUUUUAUCCAGAAACCUUUUCCCUUGCCAUCACUAUUUUGGACCGGUUUUUAGCUCUGGUAAAGGCCCGUCCAAAGUAUCUGCGUUGCAUAGCUGUUAGUGGUUUCUUCCUAGCAGCUAAAACCAACGAAGAAGAUGAGAACAUUCCAUCUCUGAAGGACAUGGUGAAGAACAGCAAUUGUGGUUGUUCUUCUGCUGAUAUUCUCAGAAUGGAAAGAAUUAUACUGGAUAAAUUGAACUGGGAUCUGCACACGUCAACUCCUUUGGACUUCCUUCACAUUUUUCAUGCGAUGAUGAUGUCCAGCCGUCCCCAGAUACUCAGCAGCCUACCUAAGAUGAACCCAUCCCAACAUGUUGCACUCCUUAUCCGGCAGCUACAUCAGUGUGUGGCCUGUCACCAGCUUCUGCAGUUUAAAGGCUCCACACUUGCACUGGCCAUUAUCAGUCUGGAGCUGGAAACAUCAAUUCCUGAUUGGCUCGCUCUCACUAUUGAUCUUCUGAAAAAAGCAAAGAUUGAUAGCGCACAGCUGAUUCGCUGUCGAGAGCUUGUAGCAGGUUGCCUGUCCACAUUUCCAGCUUCCCUACCCCCCAAUGCGGUGUACAUCUACAAUCCCCGCAAGCAAACCAUGGUUCAUUGUGGUAGAGGAAUGCUUCGGCUUUAUUCCUCCCCUACCACAGAACCAGAGUUUGCUAAUGUCAAGGACAACGCCAAGAAGAUAGCCAGUACAGCUGCACCCUACCGACGCCCGAGUAGUUCCUAUGGCUGCAAGCAGGCCUCAGCAAAACGUAAAGUAGAAGAGAUGGAAGUGGAUGAUUUCUAUGAUGGCAUAAAGCGCUUGUACAAUGAGGAUGGCGGUCAGGAAAUUACAGGGAUGGAUACUGUAACCUCUAGCUAUGGCCCAAAUCUGCAGCUUCAAGAGGGUAGUACCUCUCCCUGUCCUCCACUUCAGCCUGUCACAGUCAUCUAACUCGGCAGUGGUUAAAGUACAAGACUUGGGCUAUUAUUGCAGGGAGUUAAAGUGUUGAAGGGCAUGCAUUACCUUACCAGGCUGAAAUGAAGUGAGCCAAACCUUUUCAUGCUGCUAAUUUUAGUCUAACCAUUUAUUCAAGCACUAAUAAAAAGUAUUAAAAAAAGAAUAUCAAAAAAAUUAAAAGACCCCAAAAAACCUGGAACAAAAAAAAAGUUGUAGCGAUUUUAAACAUUUCUCUAGUGGUUGUCAGUAUGAUUGCAUCUGUUUCUAAAUCUUGAAAUGUGUUUUUGUGCCACCUGUUCUCCCUGUUGAGUCCACAUUUCACUGUGAGAUGCAUUCAGUUUCACAGCCUAAUUGUUACUGUCUAAUUUCAAUCUGCAGUUUCCUGUGUUUAGAAAUCUAAUGUUUUGAGUAAUCUGCAUGUUGUCUUAUACACCCUAACCUUUGCUGAAGAGAGUUUUGGAGAGGAGUGUUUGCAUAACUCUUCAGUGUAUUUAGGUUGUGUGUGCGUGAUGUUAACACAUAAAUUUUGUCAAGUGAAUAAGCAAAUUUUCUCAGGUGGCAAAGCUGCUUGCAAACUGCCCCAAAAGCUAGAAAUGCUGGGAGAUUUUGGUUAUGAACAUGAGAAGAGACUGUUUACACUGCUAACAUGCUGUGGAGAUUUAUUUUGUAAUGAAUAUGGCACUUUUGAAUUUUAUUUCAGAUACUAUUUGAAAGACAUGCUGUAUUUUCUUUGGGUCUGAAGCAAGAGCCAUUUAAGUUUAUUUUUUUCAGGAGGAGAUGGUUGGUUUUAUGUGAAUUCUGUGUAUCAUUUUGUAAAUUUAAUAUUUAAAAUCAAUUAACUGUCUAAAGUGGCAUGUCACUGUUGUUUGUAGAAAAUAGUUUGUCCUUUUAUGUGAAACUUUGUGCCAUUUUAUGGGAAACCAUGAACUUGCCAUAAAUGUGUCAAUUUAGUUUAGACACAGAAACCUUAGCUUUGAAUAUUUUUGAAACUUUUGUCAAAAUUCACAUCAAAGUGGUUUUAGUACCAGGAAUUCACAUAAGAUCAAUAAUGACUGAGCUAUAGGGGGGCAGUUAAAACUUAAAAUUCUGUGCAAACGUUUACUUAUUUCAGCUCCAGUGUGCAUUAACUGAUCCUGAAAAUAGAAAAAUAUUUUUCCCUACUGUUUCUUAUUUCAUAUUUCCCAGUGGGCACAGUGCUCUCUAGUCUGAAAAAGGUACUGCAUACUUUGAAAAAGUGCAGUUGCACUGCUGAGAAGCUUCUGGCAGCAAUAAAAGUUGUCCUUGAUUUAAAA